UAUGCGACCCCUAUACGUGGCAAGAACCACGAAUCUUUUCUGCCUUACGUCCGCCAUCUUUGUUCUGUUUAGGACAAGCAGUGGUGUAACAAUAUAAUAGUGUUAGGAAUAGUGCUUGAAGUGUCGAGAGGAAAGUAGAAUUAAAUAAUCAAAGAUGGGGAAUAUGUUUGCCAACCUCUUCAAAGGCCUGUUCGGCAAGAAGGAAAUGAGGAUAUUAAUGGUAGGGUUAGAUGCGGCUGGUAAAACCACAAUCUUAUAUAAGCUGAAAUUAGGAGAAAUUGUUACAACUAUUCCUACUAUUGGUUUUAAUGUUGAAACGGUAAUAGAAUACAAGAACAUUAGCUUUACAGUGUGGGAUGUCGGUGGCCAGGACAAAAUCAGGCCUUUGUGGCGACACUACUUCCAAAAUACACAGGGUUUGAUCUUCGUAGUGGAUAGCAACGACAGAGAGCGUAUCGGAGAGGCACGAGAAGAGCUCAUGAGAAUGCUAGCAGAAGACGAACUUAGGGAUGCUGUACUUCUAAUAUUUGCAAAUAAACAGGAUCUGCCAAACGCAAUGAAUGCAGCAGAGAUCACAGACAAAUUGGGUCUGCAUUCACUGCGCAAUCGCAACUGGUACAUCCAGGCGACAUGUGCAACAAGUGGUGAUGGGCUGUACGAAGGCCUCGACUGGCUAUCCAACCAACUGAAGAAUGCAAGCCGUUAGUGAGGCGUUAAGCAAUGGACUAAACGAGGUCGCAAACUCGACGGUGGACUCUGAACCACCCGAACCCCCACCCAACAGAGAGAAGUGUUUGCCGCGCAAUUGAAGACUUUUUGUUGGGGUUUUAAUUUGUUGCGUUGUGCUGUGGGGGCAUAUUUGCAGCUGUGAACAGUGAUCGGGGGGGCAUUUUUUCUGCAAAGAUUUCUAAAAGAUUAUCCUAGUGUAGGACAGAAAACUUUUGAAUAUUAUAUGAUAUAUAACAACAUUCCGGCAAAUGGUCUGAUACGCGAGUGUUGGCUGAUGUACAUUUUGUCUCUUCAACAGAAAUCUUCAAACUCUAAAUUUGUUAGAUUUUAACAAAUGUUGUACAUUUUCUUUUGCGUAUUUGUUAUUGUCAAUACUUAAAUAUUAUUAUUGUACGUUUUUGACAUUACAUUGUGGAAAGAGAUGUAUGUUGAGGAGACGUAACUUGUGAAAUAUAAUAACUAUGUAUUUGUGCUUGAUCAUUUCAUUCUUUUAAGUUAUUCUUAAUCCUGUGAAAUUACACCUUAAUUUUUAUAUUUGCAUAUUUUGAUGUAUCGCUUUACAUUACUGCUGUGUAUUAUCAACCGUAUUUUGUUAUUUAACUUGUGUUGUUCACAUGCAAUUUGUUGGUUAUGUUUGUAGAGUAAAAUAAGUUUAAAAUUUUGCAAAAAACCAUACAUCUAUAAGCUCAUCUUAUUUUUGCCUGGCAUUCCUAGUUUUUAUAAUGAUUAGUUUAUGUUUCUUUUAUUUUUUCAUCUACUUUACUAUGUGUUUUAGCUAUGAAAUUUUACUUCUACAAGGUGCAUUUAUAACACAUGUAAAUAUAAUGUAGUAUCAUGUA